CCAUUGUAUAUUUGCUAUGUUCUUCUUCCCACUCAUUAUAAGAAGAAGAGGUAGAAGACGGGAAGGGUUGAGACAUAUAUAUAUACUGAAAUAAUGGCACACAGUUGCAAAAUUGGGGAAGAUUUAUUGGUAAAAAUUCUAUCAAGUCUACCUCCAAAAUCCCUUAUGCGAUUCAAGUGCGCGGCCAAAUGGUGGUAUGCGUUGAUCAACAAUCCCAGGUUCGUAGACAAUCAACUCUCCAAUUGCUUGCACAACAAUCGAUCAAUCUUUUUGAAGCGAUUACUCCCUAAUAAGGACUUGAAUGCUAGCGAGACCGAAUCAGUGUUCUCAGUGCUUACUUUUUGCGAGGAUGCAGAUGGUGGUGCGCAUAGGUUUCUAUUGUCUAGGGUGGAGGACAUCAAUGUUCCAGUUUCUAUGAGUGUAAUGAGUGGUGGUGAAGAACUUAGAAUUGUAGGCCAUUGUCAUGGAAUCAUUUGUGUACACGUAGAUAAUUAUAGUAAGGUGUUUGUGUGGAAUCCGGCAAUUCAGGAAUUCAAGCUUCUUCCCUCAGAGAAAUACUUUACGGAUUGGGAGUCCCUAGAUCAGCAGCGUGCCCCGUAUCUACCAUUAAAUAAUCGGCUCGAAUGGGCCAUGGGAUUUGGCUAUGAUCCUAUAUCUAAAGCUUAUAAAGUUGUUAGCAUUAUAUUUUAUGGUUCGCAAAGGCAUGCUCAUACAUUAUAUUCUGUGGUUAUUUAUCCUCUGAGAGUACAAGUGUACACGCUGGGAAGUAGUGAAGAAUCUUCUUCUUGGAGAGAGAUCAAGACUUGCUCUUUGGAAACAGAAACUACUUUCCUUUGGCCUGAAAUUUUCCAGAUACACUUGAAGGGGAUGUGUUAUUGGUUGGGAUCUGAGCAACAAAAGGAAUUCGUGGAUGAGGAGGAACUUCGAUAUGAAGAAAUGAUUAGGCAAGUGAUGGUUUCGUUUGACAUGAGCGAUGAGGUGUUUGAUGAGGUAACGUUACCAGAUGAGCUGCUAGACCAUGAAAGAACUUUUUUAGGGCUUUUCAUGCUGCUUACAGUGUGGAAUGAAUCUUCCAUUGCUCUUUGUGUUUGGCAUAACAGUUGUGAUGUUAGUCCAUACUUCGGAAUGUGGCUGUUGGAUAAUGAUUUUGGUGCUUGUGUUUGGACAAAACACGCAGGUUUUUGA